CCGGCCCAGUAGCGUUUCGGGUGCUCACUUCUUCACGUUCUACUCCGACAACGGCCCACGACGGCCGGCGAACAGUUUUCGUCAUGAAUUCCGUGCAGAUUAUCUUAUCUAUUAUUUAAACCCAGCGACAAGGAAAUAAGUCUUGUUUUUAAUAUUUAUUAGCAUCUAAUUACGACGCUCGGCCUUAGGACGGCGAGUGGGUCACUGUGAUAGAAUUUGUAUUAGCCAUUUCCGCAGGGGAAAAAAAGAAAAAACACGAUGUGGCCGUCAUUAAGCAGCGUGGCUAUUUUUGCUGUCAUAGGUUUAAGCAGAUGUUACGAUAUCAAGUCGACCGUCCACGACGAGUACAUCAAAAUAGACGAGAACGUCACUCUUAUUCUGGACGUAAGCGGUGAUUUCAAGCCCAGCCAGGGAAGGAUCCACCUGUACACGGUGCACAAGGAUCUCGUUGAAAUAGUACCAGCGGAUCUGCCCCUGAACGCGAGCCCUCCUUGGCAAUUCAGCGUCAAAGCCCUGAGCCCCGGACACGAUAUCCUGACCCUGAACUACACCGGUACCGACGAAAGGAUCAAUGUUGACAACGCGUACGUACGCCUCACCUUACUCCGCUCCUACGACCUUGUCACGGCGAGUGUGGCCAUUGGGUGGAUCUACUUCGUAGCUUGGUCUGUAUCUUUCUACCCCCAGGUGUACGAGAAUUGGAAGAGGAAGAGCGUCGUAGGGCUCAAUUUCGACUUCCUGGCUCUCAACUUAAUAGGUUUUCUCCUCUACUCUUUGUACAACUGCGGACUCUACUGGAUACCCGCCAUUCAGGCGGAGUAUUUCAAUACGUACCCAAAGGGUUUGAUACCGGUCCAGCUGAACGACAUCUUCUUCUCCCUACACGCCGCGUUGUUGACUGUUUUCACGAUAUUCCAGUGUUUUAUAUACGAGAGGGGAGAGCAAGCCGUGUCAAAGGUAGCCAAGGGUAUAAUAUGUCUGUUCGCCGUCGUCCUGGGUGUCGCCAUCAUCCUAUCGUGGACGGCCUCUAUCUCUUGGCUACAGUUCCUCAACGUGUGCGGCUACAUCAAGCUCACCAUAACUCUCAUCAAGUACAUACCCCAGGCGUACAUGAACUUCAGGAGGAAGAGCACGGUUGGCUGGAGCAUAGGCAACGUCCUCCUCGACUUCACAGGGGGCGUUCUCAGCAUGGUGCAGAUGAUUAUCAACGCUGAUAACUAUGACGAUUGGAACUCGAUAUUCGGCGAUGUGACGAAAUUCGGCCUCGGGCUUUUUUCAGUUGUCUUCGACAUGUUUUUUGUGCUCCAGCACUACGUGCUCUACAGGACGGAGACGGUGUCAACGGCGAAGAAGCGCGGAAUGAGAAUAUUGCCCAAUAACUUGGCCAUCCAUAUACCCCGUGAAAUCGAAACCGAGAAGACUGGAAGCGCCCUCCCUCUUGUACCCUGAACGACGAUUUUACGAGGAAAAAACCAAAGAUGUAAAAAAAAGAGAAAAAUCAAAUUUAAAAAAAAAUAA